AUGAGCACCAAAAAUGUUGUCGAAAAUGAAAAUUUGCAACUGAAGGCUAUGGAUGAAAAUAUUGAAGAGGAAGACGAGCAGUUCUUGGCUGCGUCAACAGAAACUGCUAGGAAAUUGGAGGAUGAUCGUCAAGGGAGAGAGGAAAAAGACGACAUGCAAACCAUGGUGGAGCCUAUUGAAGAAAUUUUGAAGAAAAAAGAGGCGGUCAUAUUGGAACUGGAAGAGAAAAAUCUGCACCUGCAGAAUGUCAACAAUAUGUUGAAAAUCCGAAUCCAUCAACUUGAAAACGCCGCAAGACAAGAAGAGCAAACGGAGCAGAUCGAGCAACAUAUCCAAGUUGUGCCAGAAGACCAGGAUGGUUGUUCUUCAAACAACCAACAGGACACGAGCCAAGGGAAUAAUCGGGAGACGCUUGGAAAUAUCAUAAAGAGCAGAAUGGAAGUUUCUCAACCCGCAAUUGGAACCAGAGAAUAUCCCGUUCCAUAUUCUAAUGGCAAUUAGCGGAUUGCCAUUUCCACGGUUUUGCAUGAAAACCGAAGUUUAGUAUACAUUCAAGGAGCACCUGGAACAGGAAAAACGUACACACUCACUCUUCUGAUCAGCUGUGCCGUCAAGUUGAAAAAGCAGAUUGUAGUGCUCGCGCCGACUUUUGAGACCUUGGAAAACAUCAAAAAUAUGGCAACACGGACAAUGGAAAAGCUCGGCAUAAAAUGUAGUGACAAUGUUUUCAUGAGCACGUCCCAAUACAUAAACCUAAUCGACACUGAACCAUUGCAAAAAGAGGAUAUGAUUGGAAAUGUUCUAGUGGUGCUUGCAACGAUCGGUGCUGAUUUUUUGAAUUUUGUGGCCAAACAAGAAGCAUUAGAUCCAAGCUUUUGUAUCAUCGAUGAAGCCGGGCUCGUGAUGGCAUCAGAAACAUGGCCGGAUGUUUACAAAUCGAAGGGAUUUGUUAUUGCCGGGGAUCCGAAUGAGCUUUUCCCACAAAUAUAUAAUCAUGAUAACGGAAACGGAUUUUUCAAUCAAUUUUGUUGUUUGGAACAGAAAAGGCUUGAAACCCAGGUUUCUAUUUUGGAUUGCAUCAAUGAGAAAACAGAAAAUUUGAGUCCGAUUAUUCUUGACACUCAGUACCGCAGCAAUGAGACAAUCAUGGCAUGGUCAAAUGCUUGCUUUUAUAAUCCGAAAGUCAAAACUGAUUUCAAAUGUGGAUCCCUCACUCUAAGAUCUUUCUUUAAAGGAUCAAAGUUCAAUCCUUUAUUCCACCCGUUUGUUAUUGUGGACACAUCUUGCGAAAAGGAAAUGGAAAAACGGAAUGAGACCUUUGAGUAUUUGGUGUUUAACAACAAUAAUGAAAAUGAAGGUUACGCUAAUGUCGCUGAAGCAAAGAUCGCCAUGCACCACUACAAACAACUUCUUAAAUUGAAAGUUCAAGCUUCUGACAUUGCGAUCAUCACUCCGUACAGAGGCCAAAGCCAUGUUGUCAGACAAAUGAUGAGAAAAUUCGCCAAUGAAGAAUCGCGUUCAGAUUGUUUUGACACUCACGUUGGAGACGUUGAUAAAAUUGUAGGAAAAGAGUUUGACGUUGUCAUUUUCACUAUGGUUCGAUCAAACCCAAAAUUGGACAUGGGAAAAGCUGGUGACCCCCGUCGACUUCAUGUCAUUAUUACAAAAGCAAAGAAACAUUUCAUGUUCAUUGGAAACGGAUUUCUCCUUGCCGAAAACAACAUGAAUCAUAUUAAUAAACUGUUUAACAUUUUCAAUAGCCCUUGUAUCGGAAUUCGCACUAAUCGUUUCAACCCGAACAAAAUGUUCGGUCAAGAUGAACAUGUCCAAAACUCAGUUGAAAUGUGCUACGGGCAUAAGUUUAAGUACUUCAUUGAGUACAGUAACGAUGGCAAAAUGCUCGAUUGGUGCAAACAGAAAAACGAAGAAAGAGAUCAAGAAAUUAGACAACUCAACAAUUGUUGA